AAGCCCUUCUGCCCUAACGCCUUCCUCCGGUCAUCCCUCUCCGCUAUUUCUCCCCACACCUCUCCUUUUUCAAAACCCGCCUAUAAAUACCUUUCCCCGCCCUUUUUUCACCAUUAGCGCAGUGUCGUUUGCAGAGGAACAACCAGCGGAGGAAGAGAGAGUAAGAGAAAACCCUAACACCGACGGUGCAAAAAUGAAGAACACCAAAGCUGACAGAAAGAGAUCAGAUUCUGAAAGGAAUUUGAAGGCUGUGAAGAAGCAAAAGACUGGGAAACCUAAGAAGCCACCUACUGCUUAUUUUGUUUUCCUGGAGGAAUUUCGGGAGAAAUAUAAGCGAGACAAUCCUAAUGUCAAGGGUGUGACUGCUGUUGUGAAAGCUUGUGGUGCAAAAUGGAGAUCAAUGAGUGAGCAGGAGAAAGCUCCAUAUGUGGCAAAGGCUGCACAGAAGAAGGCUCAGUAUGAUGAUUCGGUAGCAGACUAUCAAAAGAAACAGGAAGCUGGGGAUGGGUCAGGUGAAAAGUCUGACUCUGGACCAGAGCAAAGUGGGGAUGAGGAAGAAGACUGAUGCAAUAGCAGUGGUUUCUGCCGCUGACUGUUGACUUAUGGCAGCAUUCUGGUCUGAAAAAAUAGUAUUUUGUUCGUUUUGUACACAUUGCUGGGCAGUCUGGCAUUUCACUAACACAUGCUGUGAAAUUCUCCGGGUUUCUGGUGAAUUUCAUGCUGAAAGGACCUCUUGAAAGCUUUUCCCAAAGUUUAAAAGGAAAAACAUAUGUAUCCUGAAUAGUAGCGUGAGGAAUCUGUUCAUGCUUUCUACUGACCCCGCAUAUUUUGUUUGUACUUGUUCUGUGGCUUUUAUCAGAGGAUUCUAAUUUUCAUA